UAUAAAUAACGUGAAUAAUAUAUAAGGCGGACGGUGAAAAAUGUCGAAUUUGGAUCUCUCAAAAAUUUCUCUGCGGCCAUUCAAGCUAAGCGAUGUUGACGACUUUUUGCUAUGGGCUGGGGAUGAUCAAGUCACACAAAACUUAAGAUGGAAGACUUGUGGUUCAAGGGAAGAGGCUUUGGCCUUCAUAAGAGACGUGUGCAUACCUCAUCCGUGGCGACGCUCAAUCUGCCUUGACGACCGUUCCAUAGGCUUUGUUUCGGUGUAUCCGUGGUCAGGUGAUGAUAGAUGCAAGGCUGACAUAGGCUAUGCCGUGGCGGCAGAUUACUGGGGCCAAGGCAUAGCCACCAAAGCAGUGAAGAUGGCUGUACCUCAAGUGUUCAAUGACUUGUCUCAUUUGGUAAGGUUGCAGGCUUUCACUUCCCCUGAGAACAAGGCUUCUCAGAGAGUAGUGGAAAAGGCUGGGUUCCUUAAGGAGGGUCUGCUCAGAAAGUACAUUUAUUUUGAAGAGAACAUUAAGGAUUCGGUAGUGUUUAGUUUCUUGUCAACUGAUGAAUUUCCUCAUGAUGACUAGUGGAAAUAAUCUAAUAUGGUUUG